AUGGCAUCCUUUUCGCCCGUCCUCACCUCCCUCCCCGACCCGUCACUCUUCUCUUUCCCACCUUCCAGCAACCCGACCUUCAUCCCUCCACCGCCAGCGUCUUCAAUUCCAUUCACGCCGACUUUCACAAUUCCGGACCACAUUUACCAGGCGGCUCUGGACCCCAAGGUGCCCAUCACCAUUGCUGCCCUCUACACCAUCACCGCCAAGGCCCUCAAUGCGUAUAACAAGUCGACCGGGAAGAAGCCAUGGGCCAUGAGCCGAACCCGCGCCUUCCGUGCCUUCGUCGUCCUCCACAACAUCUUCCUCGCCGUCUACUCGGCAUGGACGUGGUGGGGGAUGUUUGGCGCCUUGCGCCGGAGUAUGGUUAGUCCGUUUGGACCUGCUGGGCCGGCUGGGUUCGCCGACUCGGUAUGCCGGAUCCACGGACCGGCGGGAUUGGGCCAAGCGGUGUUCUUCAGCGAGGAGACCAAGUCGUGGCAGGCCCUGUCGCCGAGUGUCACGCUGGGCGGUAACGGAGAGCCGCUUAGGACAGAUAUGGGCCGCAUGUGGAACGAGGGACUUGCAUUCUACGGCUGGAUCUUCUACCUCAGCAAGUUCUACGAAGUCCUGGACACCUUCAUCAUCCUCGCCAAGGGCAAGUUCAGCUCCACGCUGCAGACCUACCACCAUGCCGGAGCUAUGAUGUGCAUGUGGGCAGGUAUGCGUUACAUGUCGCCGCCCAUCUGGAUGUUUGUGUUUGUCAACUCGGGAAUCCACGCCAUGAUGUACACUUACUACACCCUAACGGCGUUCUCGGUCAAGGUGCCCGUGGCCAUCAAGCGCACCCUCACCUCCCUCCAGAUCACCCAGUUCCUGGUGGGGGCCUCGUAUGCCAUGGCGCAUUCCUUCGUAUCAUACACCAUCCCCAUCCUCACCUCUCGGGAGGAGUCCAGCCCCUCGGCAGCAGCCCACGCCGCCCCCACGGCAACCCCCGAGGUCCUCCUCGACGGCCUUAAGCGGAUCCUCUUCGGCGGCUCCUCGGACGAUAUCGUCCUCACUCCUCAGCAGCAGCAGCAGCAGACCACCACGACUACGCACGCCGCCGUGGUCCCCUGCAUUCCCAACAACGGGGCCACAUUUGCCGUUUGGCUCAACGUGCUCUACCUGGCGCCGCUGACGUAUCUGUUCGUCAAGUUCUUCAUCACGAGCUACCUGCGUCGCACCAGCGCCGAGCAGGCGCGCGCCCGCAAGGCCGUCGGGACCGGAGCCAAGGAACACGGGGCCUCCGGGCGUCGCCUCAGCAACGUCGCACUCGCCGAGAAGGCCGGCUGGGAUGCUGCCAGGAGCGUCGAGAGGGAGGUCUACGGCCAGGGCGGCGAUGGGACCGCCGUCGUGAAUGGCCGCGCUGGCGGUGGCAAGACCAAGGGGCGGGUGUCGCGCAACCGGUCGUGA